GGAGCUGGGAGCGAGAUGGCGGCGCCGCAGCCGGAGCCGGGCCGGUGCGCCUACUUUGUGGCGAGGAAGAAGCGCUUCUGCAGGAUGGUGCCGGCCCUCGGGAGGCGUUUCUGCGGGGAGCACGGGCAGCAGGAGAAAGAAAAUGACAGAAAAAGAAUUCCAUGUCCUCUUGAUCCAAAACACACUGUAUAUGAAGACCAGCUACAGAAACACUUGAAAAAAUGCAAUUCAAGAGAGAAGCCAAAGCCAGUCUACUUUGUUCAAGAUAUUAACGCAGGUUUAAAAGAUGUAGCAGAAAUACCAGAAAAACAAGUAACGCUCUCUUCCCUAUCCAAAGAAGAGUUGGAGAAUUUAAUUAUCAAGUUGAAAAAAGCAACUAAUGGUCUGGAACUUGACCUUAAGGAACAAAUACUGUCUCACAAGGCUUUACAUGAAGCCUUAAAUGACCCAAAGAAUGGGGAAUCUGCUUUUAAACAUUUGAAACAACAGGCUUCCAUUUUAGGUAACAUGGAAAAAUUACAUUUGCUUGGUCCAGGAAGAUGUUUUAUUGAGUUUGGAGCUGGGCGAGGAAAGCUGUCUCAUUGGGUUGAUGUUGCCUUACAGGAUGUUGAAGAUAUUCAAUUUUUGCUUGUGGAAAGGGCAACUACAAGAUUCAAGGUGGAUGGAAAACAUAAAAAGAGAGAUUCUGUAUUUGAAAGGCUUCAAGUUGAUAUUCAGCACUUAUGCUUAAAUAAGGUACCUAGUUUAGAGAAGAAAAGACUACCUGUGGUAGGAAUUGGGAAACAUUUGUGUGGGGCUGCCACAGAUCUCGCUUUGAGAUGUUUGGUAGAAAGCUAUGCAACUUGCUGUGAAGGAGAAAAUGAAGAGCCUGCAGCAAAACGUCCUAAGAAUGAUAAGACAGAAAUGGCUGCUAAAAGUUCAGCUGAUAAUGAAAGGAACAAAGAAGACGUUAAGCCUGUAGCUGGAAUUGUUAUUGCACUGUGUUGCCAUCACAAAUGUGACUGGACACACUAUGUAGGAAGAGAGUUCUUCCAAUCAGUAGGACUUGGACCAGUAGAAUUUCAUUAUUUUCAGAGAAUGAGUAGCUGGGCCACUUGUGGCAUGCGAGAAACCGUAACCUCUACUAGUGAAGAAAGUGAAGAUCACGCUAACAACACAGAAGAACAUGACCAACCAUACAGCAAAACAGAGAGUGGUUUUGACACUCUGCAAGGGCUACCCGUUGAAGAGCGAAAGGAGAUUGGUGCCCUCUGUAAACUGCUGAUUGAUCAUGGACGGAUCAAAUAUUUACAACAACGAGGAUACAGGGCUACACUACAAUAUUACACAGAGUCUGCUGUAUCCUUGGAGAAUGUCCUGUUGACUGCUGUCCCAGAGCCAACUACAUUAUAGGAUAUAGAUUUGGAAUUGGUAGAAGACAAACUAAAAUCUGUCUAGAUCACUUGAAAAGCAGAUUUAGUGCUUACAAAAAAAAAAAAAAAAAAAAAGAAAAACUGUUUUAGUCUUUCCUCUACUCAGAAAACGGUUUUACAGUUCCCAGUUUCACUUGGAAUUACAACUACACAAUCCAGUUCUCAUUAUUGGAAAAAAAUCCCUAAGAAUACUUGAGACUGGUUGUAGACCUCAUUGUUAGGAAGAAGUAUAUUCAUUAUUCUCUUCUACUCAGUUACAUUCUUUAAUCAUUAGCAGUUAUGAUAGAAGAAGGACCAGAAGUGCAACACUCCAAAUUUCCUGGAAGACAAUGGGUUAAAAUAAGAGAAAUGAACAUAGUUCGUUUUCAGUUUAAAGUUCAGGAUAGCUUUGUAUUUAAGUAGGCCAAAGUACUUGUUUUAUCAGCUCAUGCUGCUAAUGGAAUUCAUUAAGGAAUAAAAUUCAUUUUUAAACUCUUGA